AUGAAAGUUUUCCACUUGGGGCCCGCCACCAGCUCCGACCACUCCCUCACCUUCUUCAGCGCGUCGAUUCCCCUCCCCCACCAACUCCGGCGGAUUUUCUCAGGCAUGUCCGCCUCCGACACCGAGAUCCGCUCCCAGUUCUCUCUCCUCCGCGAGAUCGAGCACGGAAAAUUCCACAAAACGCGGAUUCAUGGAAAUCGUCGCACGGAUCCUCUCCUCUCCGCUGGUUCUCCGGCGCAGCGGCCCACGGUUGCGUCGCCGCCAUGUCCGGAGAUCGAUUACGUAUGUCCUAUUGGGAUAAUAAAAAGGAGAGAAGAACAAUCAAAAACGACGGCGCAGAAGGAAGAAGAUUCACCCUCUGCAAACCCUAGCGCGGCACACAAACACACUCGAUCUCGGUCUCAUAUAAUCGGCAAAUUUGGGGAAAGAGACGAUGGGAAACCGGAAGGACCGAGCAGCACCAGCACCAGCACCAUUGGUGAUGAGGUAUGCCGUAUGUCGGAGAGGGCUUAUCGCGUGGUGUCUAAUUCCAGAGCCAUUAACUGCUGCGCAAUUCUCAAGGGUCGAUUGUUUCGCCGAUUACGAAUGGGUGAUUCCCCUCAAUCGACGAAAUCGGCGUCCCGACUUCGUAUGAGCUUGGCAUUAUUACAGCAAAGCGGCACAUCGACGUAUGUUGAAAACGAGCAACCAGAUGCACUUUGUAAGAUGCAUCUGGACGAACUUAAACGUGGUGCUGCCCGUGUGAAGCGUACGAAAGUUGGUUCAUGCAAAGUGAGUCAACCUGAUAGUGACGAUUUCGUCGUUGAUGCGCCUAAGCACGGUCUCGAGAGAAUUACUAAUGCUAAGCGUGUCAAGGGUAGAAAUGAACUGUCCGAGAAUGACACUGGUUCAUCUUAA